CUUGCAAGGUCUUCUAGGCCCCUGUUUCGCCGUUCUCGACACCCGCAGAAAGGCCGUGUCGUUAGACCGUAGGCGUGAAAAUGUAUUCACAUUCGAAGUUAUUGAAUUCCCUCGCGUUCUUGCUCGCUACGAUAGGGGCUCAACCCAGCAGUGCCUAUGUCGCGCAAACCCCUCUGACCGGCGACACCUGCACGCAGACGACCGUGGCCAUCCUGGGAGGUGGGAUGGCCGGGGUGGCUGCAGCGCAAGCCUUGAUCAACGCAUCCGUCACUGACUUUGUCCUGGUGGAAUCGCGCGAGACUCUGGGAGGUCGGGUGUGGCAUACGGACUUUGGGAAAGAUAAGGACGGGGACCCGUAUGUGGUGGAGUUCGGGGCCAACUGGCUCCAAGGGCUGGGUUCGGCUGAUACUGUAAAUCCUGUCUGGGCUUUAGCCAAAAAACACCAUCUGCGCAACACCUACUCCAACUACAGCUCCCUUCGAACCUACAACGAGACCGGCGAAGCCGACUAUCAAUAUCUCCUCGACGAAUAUGCUCGAGUCUACGAGGUUGCCGCGCGUGACGCCGGCCGGAUCUUGAUGGAGAACCUGCAAGACCAAACCGCCCGCACGGGGCUUGCCCUCGCUGGGUGGCGCCCUCGCAAGAACGACAUGGCCGCCCAGGCAGUCGAAUGGUGGAACUGGGAUUGGGAGGACGCCUCCUCGCCCGAGACGAGUUCCUUCGUGUUCGGAAUGGCCGGCGAGAACCUGACCUUCAACCAAUUCGGCAAGGCGAACCACUUCGUCCUGGACCCGCGCGGCUACAGCACCAUCAUCGAGCAGGAAGCCGCCGCGAUAUUCCACCACCACCACCACCGCAACAAACCCACGCCGCGUCUCCGACUCAACACCCACGUCACCACCAUCGACCACUCCCCAAAAGGCGUGACCAUCCAUACCGCCGACGGCGCCUGCAUCGAAGCCGCCUACGCGAUCUGCACCUUCUCGCUAGGGGUCCUGCAGAACCACGCCGUGACCUUCCGCCCCUCGCUGCCGCGAUGGAAGCAGACGGCGAUCGAGAAAUUCAACAUGGGCACCUACACCAAGAUCUUCCUGCAAUUCCCGUAUACUUUCUGGCCGACGGACACCCAGUUCUUUCUGUACGCCUCCCCGACCACCCGGGGCUACUACCCGAUCUUCCAAUCCCUCUCCUCGCCCACCUUCCUCCCGGACUCUCAUAUCUUGGUCGUCACCGUCGUCGACGAACAAGCCUACCGUGUGGAACGGCAAUCCACCGCCCAAACCACCGCCGAGAUUCUGGAGGUGCUCCGCGAGAUGUUUCCCGACCGCACCAUCCCGCACCCGACGGAGGUCACCUACCCGCGCUGGUCGCAGGAGCCCUGGGCCUACGGCAGCUACUCCAACUGGCCGGCGGGGACGACCCUCGAGAUGCACCAGAACCUGCGGGCGAAUGCGGGCCGUCUGUGGUUCGCGGGCGAGGCGACCAGCGCCCCGUACUUUGGGUUUUUGCACGGGGCGUGGUUCGAGGGGCGGGAGGCGGGCGCGCAGGUCGCGGCGUUGCUGCAGGGACGGUGUAUGGAAUUACAGGAGGAGGAGAAUUGUGGGGAGCGGAUGCACUACGAGCCCUUGAAUGGGACGACCCCGUUGGAGGCGUAUAGUAUGGUCAAUGGGUGGCCGGUGAGUAGUACGGAUUGGUAGGGGUAACAUCCCCCUUGGUAGCGAUAGGAUUCGGCAAUGCAUAAAGCGUGAAGCGUGAGACCCUGUUGCUGUUGCUUGGGGCUUUACUG